AUGGCCAAGCAGUACCGAGAGAAACUGAGAACACGUUUCGAAGAGGAGAUUCAUAUCCUAUUGAAGGAUUUGGAUAGGAUACGUAAGGAAUAUGAUAUAGUACAACUUGAAAGAAAGUAUCUUCUCGAUCUCAAAAGUAAAUAUGGACCGGGAGGUGAUUUUGAUCUCUCAAAUCUUAACGAUGAAUCGUCAUCUCCACCCCCAAAUGAACCACCUUCCGACUCCAGCUCUGAUCGGUUUAAGGACGAGUUAGCGAGGAUCACGAAGAAACUCACCACUCCCAAUGUAUUCCCUUGGCAAGAAACCACACCCAUGACGCCAAAGGAACUAGAGGAUCAGUUUCACGAGUUUAGUCAACUCAUAGCGGACGAUACCCGAUUUGUCUUGAGGUACUUGGGCAAAGCACGAGAGGAGUUGAGAAGUCUCUGCUAUGAGUUGGGCACCAUGAUCUGUUUAAAAAGUAAAUACGGUCCUGGAGGAGAGUUUGAUCCCGAAUGGUAA